GGAGGGGAGGGGCGGGAGCGGAGCCCUGGGCAGCUGCCAGCUCUCCUCUGGCACGGGGCGGCACUGUCAGGAUUUGUCUAGCGGCGCCUUCCUUAACAGGGGUGUGCUGGGGGGAGUCCUCUUUCCGCCUGUCGAGAUGGUCAUCAGAGUGUUUGUGGCCACGUCGUCCGGGUCCAUCGCGAUUAGGAAGAAGCAGCAGGAAGUGGUGGGCUUUUUGGAAGCGAAUAAGAUCGACUUCAAGGAGUUGGACAUAGCUGGAGAUGAAGACAACCAGUGGAUGAGGGAGAAUGUCCCCGGGGAGAAGAAGCCUCAGAAUGGGAUCCCGUUGCCGCCCCAGAUCUUCAACGAGGAGCAGUACUGCGGGGAUUUCGACUCCUUCUUCUCGGCAAAAGAAGAGAAUAUUAUUUAUUCCUUCCUCGGUUUGGCUCCCCCGCCGGACUCAAAGGUGCCCAAGCCGCCCGAGGACGCCGCUCCCCUCCCCAACGGCGACGUGGCCGCCCAGCCAGAGGGCGCCGCCCAGGGCGCCAAGACGACGGGAGAAGGUGGAGAAGACGAGGGGCAGAAGGAGGAGGGCGAAGGUGCGGGCAGCCCCCCCGAGUCCCCGGAGAAGCACGAGGAGGCAGGAGAGCGAGCCGCGGGAGAGGUACGGCCUGCCCUUCCCCACUGUGCACAGGCAGCUUAGUUAACACCUCCUCUAGGUGAGGGCCUUGCGCUCUGGCCUCGCCCCUGUUCUUUGUGGGGUGAGGGGGCCAGGGCCACCCCACACCCCGAAAACCCU